AUGAAGCUACAGAUGUUCUGGACUGGGCUGGAAUACACCUGCCGGCUCCUGGGCAUCACCACUGCUGCAGUGUUGAUCGGCGUGGGCACUGAGACCUUCCUCCAGGGACGGUUCAAAAGCCUGGCUUUCUAUUUGCUGUUUAUAGGAGUUGUCAUCUCUGUGUGUGAAGGGGCCUACUUUGUGGCUCAGCUGCUGACCAUCUGCUUCCAGUGUCGGCCAGCGUCCCUGGCCUACAAAGCAAGGGAGAAAGCCCGCUGGUUGGGCUGCUUCCAGAAGUUCCUGGCAUACAUGCUGUUGUCUGUGGCCUGCUUUCUCCACCCUGUCCUGGUCUGGCACGUGACCAUCCCAGGCUCCAUGCUCAUCAUCACUGGCCUGGCCUACUUCCUGCUGAGCAAGCGGAAGAAGAGCAAGGCCAAGCCCGAGGCGUCCGCUCCCCCAGAGCAGUACACGGACCCCUCCGGCAGUGCCGUGAGCACCACUGGCUCUGGGGACACCGAGCAAACGUACACCUUCCACGGGGCCUUCAAGGAGGGGACCGGCUCCCUCUUCAUCCACAUGAAGAGCAUCCUGAAGGGGACCAAGAAGCCCGGUGCCCUCCAGUGCCCGGACACCCUGACAGAGCUGACCCUGGAGCCAGCCGACUCGCUGGUCAAGAAGAAGCAGGUGCACUUCGAAGACAGCAUGGUCAGAAUCAUCCCAUCUCUCACCGAAGACCUGGACGGGGGGGACAGCGAGCCAGAGGAGACCACCUCUGACACCACCCCCAUCAUCCCUCCCCCGCAGGCCCCUACCUUCCUGUCCUCUCUCACAGACGCCAGCCUGUUCUGA